CCGGCUGUGUUUGGGACACACACACCAGUGCACUUCCAGCUACAGGAACAGAGACGAGGGACAGAGAGGGGGACAUGCCACUGGACGUUGUCCUAAAUGGCCCGGCCCCGUGGGGGUUCCGACUGACUGGCGGCAAGGACUUCAACCAGCCCCUCACCAUCUCCAGGAUCACUCCGGGCAGUAAGGCGGCGGUGGCCAACCUGUGUCCUGGUGAUGUCAUCCUGGCCAUUGAGGGCAUCCCGGCGGAGGACAUGAUGCACUGUGAGGCCCAGAACAAGAUCAAAGACGCCAUCUACCAGCUCAUCCUCACCGUCCAGAGACCAGAAACCAGGCUAUGGUCGCCUCAAGUCACGGAAGACGGGAAAGCCAACCCUUUCAAAAUCAACUUGGAGGCUGAGCAACAGGAGUUCAAACCCAUUGGUACGGGUCACAACCGCAAAGCCCAGCCAUUUAUAGCUGCAGCUAACAUCGACGACCAUCGCCAGGUGGUGAGCACAGCCUACAACACCCCCAUAGGCCUCUACUCCUCAGGCAACAUCCAGGACGCCAUGCACGGACAGAUGAGGGGCCUGGUCCAGGACAAGCCAGAGGGUAGCAAGACGCUGACCUCCAUCGAGGAGUCUGAUGUGUACCGCAUGCUCCUGAAAGACCAGGAGGAGCCCCAGGAGCCCCGGCAAUCAGGUUCCUUCAAGGCCCUGCAGGACUUUGUCGACAGCGACGGCACUCGCCCCAUGGUGACGAGGACAGUGAGAGCGCCCAUGACUAAGCCACCGCCGCCCACAGGAAACCUGCAGAAACUGCCCCUGUGUGACAAGUGUGGAAACGGGAUUGUGGGCACAGUGGUGAAAGCGAGAGACAAGUUCCGCCACCCUAGCUGCUUCGUGUGCACCGACUGUGACGUCAACCUUAAACAGAAGGGCUACUUCUUCGUGGAGGGCCAACUGUACUGCGAGACCCACGCUCGAGCCCGGACAAGACCCCCGGAGGGCCAUGACCUUGUCACUGCUUUCCCCUCGGCAUAGGACCCUCCUCAAACAAACACGCACACACACAAACACACGCACCAUCCUAAAAAUUCUGUCUGCCAGUGAGGCACCAUUGAUUGUAACUGUUAGUAUCUGUGUUCUCCUGUGUUCUAUUGUCUGUUUGCUCUGUUUUGCACAAAUCAUGACAGUGCAUUUGUUUGUGAAUACACUUACAUGUAUACUAUUCUCUUCCUUCAAAUAAAGGGGUUUUGACUCCAUGUUGUGG